AUGCUGGAUAAACCGUAUACAAAGUCCAAGAAAAGCUCUUCAUCUACAACGCCUGCUGCUACCGCUGCUGCUGCUGCUGCUUCUUUAUCCCCAACAUCAGCGCUUUUGGACGCUGAGCAAACACCAGAUUUACCAGAUAAAUCUCUCCGGCGACCUUUAUGUUCAAUGUCGAGGCAUAACGGAGUAGUCACGUCACUAAAGUUCUCGCCCGAUGGACGUUGGUUGGCUAGUGGGUCCGAUGAUAAAAUCGUUUUGAUUUGGGAAAAGGAUAAUGAUCAAAGACCCAAGUCUUUUGGUGUGGAGCAAGAGGACCUUGAGCAUUGGACAGUGCGGAAGAGACUUGUUGCUCACGACAACGAUAUCCAGGAUAUUUGCUGGUCGCCAGAUGGGAAUUUGCUAGUCACUGUAGGGCUCGAUAGGUCGAUUAUUAUAUGGAAUGCACUCACUUUUGAAAGAAUAAAAAGAUAUGAUAUACAUCAAUCAAUGGUCAAGGGGAUAGUAUUUGAUCCCGCUAAUAAAUUUUUUGCCACAGCUUCAGACGAUCGAACCGUUCGGAUAUUCAGAUAUUACAAGAAAUUGAACGAGUACAACAAGUAUGAAUUUCAAAUGGAACAUGUUGUGGUGGAUCCAUUUAAAAAAUCGCCAUUAACUUCGUAUUUCAGGAGGAUGAGCUGGUCUCCAGAUGGCCAACAUAUUGCCGUUCCCAAUGCAACAAACGGACCUGUGCCCUCAGUAGCAAUAAUAAAUAGAGGUAACUGGGGCUCGGAUGUAUCUUUGAUUGGCCACGAAGCUCCCGUUGAAGUGUGCUCUUUUUCUCCGAGUCUAUUUCAAGUGGGAUCAACCUCAAACAAAGAAGAACAAGAACCGAAAUUUCAGACUGUUUUGGCCACGGGUGGGCAAGAUAGAACUUUGGCUGUUUGGUCUACUUACAAUUCAAAACCAAUAGUUGUAUGUCUGGACAUUGUAUACAACUCAAUUACAGAUAUUUGUUGGGCUCCAGAUGGCGAAACGCUCUAUUUUAGUUGCCUAGAUGGUUCAAUUACUUGUGUUCGUUUUGACAAGGGUGAAUUGGGAUUUGUUGUUAGUACUGACUUGAUUGAUAAACAAUUGAAUAGGUAUGGAACUGAUCGUGAGUCUACAAUAUUACCAGAGAGUGUUGAGCAGUUGUUAUUGGAGGAGAAAUCAAGAGAUACCAGAGCUCUUGCGAUACGACAAAUGAUGCCUGUCAAUAAAUCACCAAAGAAACCGGUGGAUAAAAAAGUAGAAGCUACCUCCGUUUUACUGCCUAGUCAAACAUUGGUUCCCGCAAAAACUAUUGAUACAGCAAGACUUCGAAAACAAGCAAUCACCAUAACAAAAUCGGGUAAGAAAAGAGUUGCUCCAUUAUUAGUUUCAUCUUCGUCUUCUUCAACUCCAAUUUCUGCUGUUCCGUUAUCAACUGGAAACUUUGAACCUAGUAUUGCAACAUCGAAAAAGUACAAGCGCACCAUAAACUCCAAAUUAUCUUAUCCAAAUUAUACUCUCAGCAAGUUGGGGUUACAGACAGCAGUAUGUGGUAUUAAGAAAAGAGAUACGGACACAACUAUAUCAGCACCUGCAGAGGAAGAAGUUAACGAUUACGAUGAUAUGGGAGGUGCAAACACACUACCAGAUGAAGCCAAUACUGCUCAAUUAUCAGAAGCCGCAUUAAGAAGGUUGAAGAAUCGACAGAAACGAAAAUGGCUAGAGUCUAAGUAUCCAAGCUCAUUUAAGGAAAUAUCGCAUUUACCUGAGAAUUUAUUUAGUAAUGUUGCUUUACAAAAUGUUGAAAUUGGGAAGAUUUACAAAGCAUAUGCUAAUAAUAAAGAUAUUCUGGGAGAAAUAUCAACAAGCUCGGCGAUUGAUUUUGAUGAAGAUUUGCUAUUUUCGGUUGUUUUCCAAAAAACUCUGUAUAAGCAAAGGACGGCGGCAGCGCUGGUGGAGGUGACUGAGGUGGCUGAGGGGGCUGAGGGGGCUGCAGCGGCGGCGCCGAUUCCCAUACUGAUGGAAGAAGGUCAGGAUAACUUAAUUACCACCACUAUUGAGAUUCGGAAUGGAAAACCGUGGCAUGAAGAUGAUCCUGAACAAGAGGAUCGAGAUUUUGAUGACCCUACAAAAGUGAUUGUUUAUGAUAAUGAUCAAGAAAAGAGAAGAUUUGUUUUGUUUUUCCCCUUUAGAAUACAGCUGGUGUUGCCUAUUGUGGAAGAUAAUCUGUUGAAGUACUAUGUACUCUGCUCAUUUAAUGGGAGCAUACAAAUCAUAUCUGCUAGCACGGGGAGGUAUAUUUUACCAGCGAUUGAAUUGCAUGAAAAUGUAGUCUUUUUGAAAUAUGGCAAUGGCCAUCUAUUAGUCUUGACGAGUUCCGGGUUGUUUUACGGUUGGAAUUUGAAAACAAUGAAAAUUUACUUGAACAAAGUGGCAAUUGCCAAUGUUCUUAAUAACCUUGUGGAGAUUAAUGAACUGCUGAAACAUGGUGUAAUUUCCCCAACAGUUAAAGCAGUCGAUAUUAAUCUCCAUGAUGGUACUCCCUAUGUGAUGACAGAUGUUAGCAAUGACAUAUAUGGGUACUCGUUAGAUCUCAAUUCCUGGAUCAAAGUGAUUGACUCAUGGUACUUUAAUGUCGACGAAUCUAUUCCACACCAGUCUAAUAAAAACAAGGCAUUAGGUAGAGUUUUGAUACAACUGAAACUCAAUUAUAAAAAGGAUGCAUUGUUGGGUAACAUAUAUACCUACAAAUUUAGCACUAAUCAAAGUAAAAAAUUGCAGGAUGUUAUGAUCAUGAAGAGUAAAGAAAUGAUGGAAAUGAUUCAGUGA